CCUUUCCUUUUUCAUGUUUCUGUCUUCUUUACGUUCGAGAAAAGAAUAGCUUGGUACAGCCAUGAGGAAAAUCAGUCAAGGAUUGUCGCAUUUUCUGCUUAAUGCGACCAACACCGAGCAGUUUGUAAAGACCGCUCAGUUCUACAAAGCGCUCGGAUUCCAGGAAAUUCUCGGUCAGAACGACAAUGCCAUCACGUCGGAAAAAGUGUGGUUGAAACUGCAUGCCGAAGAAAGCUCACUAACUUCGGACGUGACUAUUAAGCUUGUCAUCGAUACUUCGGCUGUUCAACGAGAACAACCUCCUCAGGAUGUGGACUGGGCACUACACACCAGUGGCAUGGUCUUGACCGUGACAGAUAUUGAUACGAUCAAAGGCCAAUUAAAGGAACAAGGAGUGUUAUUCCAAGAUCAAUCAUCCACUUCUGCCAACGAUCGAAUCCAAUUGAUCGAACUCUAUGCUUUGGAUCCACUCAAUAACAUGAUUGUCUUUGCCAAUAAACCGGCCUUCCCGAGCCUCUUGGAUAAGCACGAUAUUCUGAGUCAAGGCGCCCCUACUGCUGUGAAAGCCGCUUCCCAACCCAGCCCUAAGCGCAAGAAAAUUGCCGUGCUUACUUCCGGUGGUGAUGCCCCCGGUAUGAAUCCCGCCGUACGCGCCGUCGUGCGUUAUGGUAUUUCAAAGGGUUGCGAAGUAUUUGCCGUUUACGAAGGUUAUCAAGGUCUCGUGGAUGGCGGAGAACGCAUUCGGAAGAUGGACUGGAAGAGCGUGCGAGGAUGGUUGGCCGUGGGUGGCACCACCAUUGGUACGGCGCGCUGCAUGCCUUUCAAGAAAAGAGAAGGUCGUCUUCAAGCUGCCCAAAACCUCGUAUCCAACGGUAUCGAUUCGCUCAUCGUAUGUGGCGGUGACGGUUCCUUAACAGGUGCCGACGUGUUCCGUUCGGAAUGGCCAGGCCUAAUUAAUGAGCUAAAAGAAUCCGGACGUAUUACUGCCGAACAAGCCAACACGUACCAGCAUUUAACCAUCGUAGGCUUGGUGGGCUCAAUCGAUAAUGAUAUGUCCAGCACAGAUAUCACCAUUGGAGCUGUAACUUCUCUCCAUCGUAUCUGUGAAAGUGUGGAUUCCAUCGGUACCACGGCCUUGUCGCAUUCACGUGCCUUUGUCGUUGAAGUCAUGGGCCGACAUUGUGGUUGGCUGGCAUUGAUGGCCGGUAUCGCUACAGGCGCUGAUUUCGUCUUUAUUCCCGAACGUCCGCCUACCAGUGAUGAUUGGGAAUCCGUCAUGUGCUCGGUUGCACAACGCCAUCGUCAGCUCGGCAAAAGAAAAACCGUCAUCAUCGUCGCCGAAGGCGCCAUUGACAGAUCGCUUAAACCCAUCAAGGCUGAAUACAUCAAGGAUAUUCUAAGCGACCGACUUGGUCUGGACACACGUGUGACGACCUUGGGUCACACCCAGCGCGGUGGUUCGCCUGCUGCAUUUGACCGUAUUCUUGCCACCAUUCAAGGUGUGGAAGCUGUGGAAGCCGUUCUUCGAUCCACCCCCGACACUCCUUCACCGCUGAUCGGUAUGAGCAACAACCACGUCACGACGGGUCCCUUGAUGAAAGCCGUCGAACUGACCCACGACGUUGCCAAAGCCAUCAGCGAAAAAGACUUUGCUCGCGCCAUGGAAUUGCGCGAUCCUCAAUUUUCCGAAGAAUUCGACGCUUAUUCCGCCAGCACCAUUCUCGAUGAUCAUUCCAUGAUUUUACCAGAACACCAACAGAUGCGUCUGGCUGUCAUCCAUGUGGGCGCACCUGCCGGCGGUAUGAAUGCAGCUACACGAACGGCUGUGCGUUAUGGAUUGAAUCGCGGUCAUACAAUGCUCGGCAUUUACAAUGGUUUCCCCGGCUUGGUGCGUGGUUCUGUGGAGGAAAUGAGUUGGAUCAAGGUCGAUGGCUGGACCUCGCGAGGCGGUUCGGAGCUCGGUACCAAUCGUGCCGUACCCGGUGAAUCUGUCGACAUGGGCAUGGUGGCUUACCAACUCCAACAAAACAACAUUCAAGGCUUGAUGAUAAUUGGUGGAUUUGAAGCAUUCACAGCGCUUCGAAAUUUGGAAGAAGCACGCGACAAAUAUCCCUCUUUGUGCAUCCCUAUAUGCCACUUGCCAGCUACCGUCUCGAACAAUGUCCCCGGUACCGAUUAUUCGCUCGGUUCCGAUACAUCCCUGAACGCUAUUACCGACGCCUGCGAUUCCAUUCUCCAGUCGGCACGAUCGUCUCGUCGACGUGUAUUCGUUGUGGAGGUGCAAGGUGGUCGAUCAGGCUAUCUUGCUGUGGAAGCCGGUAUUGCUACGGGCGCCAACACCAUUUACAUCCCCGAGGAAGGCCUUUCCUUGGCUCGCUUGCAGUCGGAUGUGCGCCAUUUGAUGGCUCUGUACUUGGAUGAUGACGCCGAUCGAUCCGAAGGUCGUAUUGUCCUGAGAAACGAAACAGUCAGCAAGACUUACACCACCGACGUGAUCAGUUCCAUCCUCAAGGACGAAGGUCAUGCUCUUUUCGAUUCACGUACGGCCGUCUUGGGUCAUCUCCAACAAGGCAACACGCCGUCUCCCAUGGACCGUAUUCGUGCUACACGUUUGGCGAUGCGCUGUGUAUGCUUUUUGGAAAAGCAUGCACUGGCCGUUCUCGAUAAUGCCUACCGAAAUGGUACGCCCAUUCCUGUUGAACUUACCAAAGACGUGGAAUCGGCCGCCGUAAUUGGUUUGUCCGGUAAUCAAGUCACUCAUCGCUCGGUGCCCAGUCUGUUGCCUGUCACCGAUCUCAAGAACCGCAAACCCAAAGAUGCGUGGUGGUAUGAACAUCGUCCGUUGGUGGAUCUUUUAUCAGGCCGUGGUCUCUUCACAAAACAAGCUCAAGAAUUGUUAUCUGAAUAAGUUAAUCCGUCUAUUUUUCUCUUGAAUAGCUCUCCCUCUUUCAUAGUUGCAAUAUUAAAACUUUUUCUCCUGUAAAAAAAAACCAACAACCAUGUCCAUUGCCAAAAAAAAAGAAGAAGCAUCCGCUAAAACAGACUUCCAACGUAAAUAAAAAGGCUGAAAUCCCAU